AUGUCAAAACUUGUAGACACACUACAGGCGAAUACCGUGGAAUGGCUGUCACACAUGGAGAUGAUGUGGCUGCUGCGGACGUGUCGCCUCGCGAAGCGUUUGGUGACGACUUCUCCAACCUAUUUAGAUCGCAGCUUCUACUACCAGAGGAACAACAUGCCGCCGCUGCCAGCCCACUAUGAUUUUGACUCGGACACCUCCGGCAAGAGACAUAUCCCUAUGAGGACGCGCGAAGAUGAACUCACUCUAGCACGGGUCUCAGCAUUGCAUGUGCAACAGAGGAAAGCCAUGGCGGACAUUGUUCCCGGAGCUCCCAGGGGGACUCCUGCGACCAAAGAGUUGCUGCCAGUGCGUGACGGCGGUGACGCCGCAGAAGGCGCUGCGGCACUGGUGCGGCUCCCCACGGACGGGUCCUUUUCCAAGUUCUCUGUUGCCUCCCAAGAGUGGCCCGACGCAGACAUCCAAAGCCAAUUGUGCGCCUUCGCUACCGAUGAUGGAUUGGCUGAAGACAUCGAAGCUUUGAUCGAUGGCUUGCCAUCACCAGGGAACAUGGGAACUCCCACGAAACGAAUGGUCAACGCGCUGGAAACGCAGCUGCUGCCUGUGUGUGGAUUGGCUUCGCACGAAGAAGGCAUCCAGCUGUUGCGGGCCUGCCUUGCCACUGCCCGGGACGAUCCCACAUACGGAAGGACCGAGACCCAGAGCGAGUCCCCAGUCUGGGGGUGCAACGACGAUUGGGCAUUGCUGCGCCCAGAGUUAGAAAAGCGUACCGCACCUUUGUCGCCCAAGCUCCCGACGGAGGUGAUGGCCUUGCCAGCUGCUUUUUUCCGAGACCCUACUUUUGCAGUGCCAGAUCCAGAGCAAGACUGCGUCGUUGUCUUUGGUGGGGUGGCCAAUGUAGAGGGCGCAGGGGCUGGAGGGUGUCAUUUCAUGCCUUUGCUGACCCAGAGGCAAGCCCUCAGCUGGCACUCCAGCACCUCUGCUCACGAAAAGUGGCGUGACAUGGUCGUCGCAGUGGAAGGCAGGGGUGACGGGCUUUUGCUCGUGGACAGGGUUCGGGAAGCUGGAGACUGCUACUUUCACAGCUUGCUGCUUACCUUGCACGCCAAAGGCAUCCUUUUCAGGGCUGCGGCAAGCCACGAGAGCACGCCUUCACCGAGGCAGGCAAGGGUGUCGACUAGCCCACCUGCGUCGCAAGAGCCUGGUGCCAAUCGAAGGGGGCUGUGCUUUGAUGACGCGGAAGAUUUGGAAGCUGUCUCUUUCCCAGACAGAAAUUUGGAACCCUAUGACAUUGCUAAGGGCCUGGAUGCAGGGGCAUUAUUUCUGCACAGCUUGGUGCACAGAACCCCGACUGCUGCUUGGUUCACUUCUGCCGAUGUGAGGCAGGCGUUGAAGAACUUGCGCGCGCCCGUCUUCAGUAGGAACCUUGUCAGAAAGAUUGACAUGGGCGUGGCGCACCUGAUUGACCAUUGCUUGCUGGAGGCUCGUGAAGCCAACAUGAAGCAGGAUGAUUUCAAAGACUUUAAAUUGACAGCAAGAGCUGCCAAGUGCACAGCUGAAGCGCGCUGCGCGGGUACGGCCGGAAGGUUGCUCCGCAAGCGGUCUGCCCAGGAAGUCCGGCAUGAUCCGAGAGCCAUGGCAGAGCGAAAACGAUUGCAAUUUAAAAAGAGGGCCGGGGCUUCCAAACCGCUGCGAGUGAACUGCAGCAGAGCUUUCCGAAAGCCUCGUCAUCUCCGCUGCUCUCGGGACAGCGCGGAUAGCCAAGGGUUGGCGGUCGCAGGUGCUCCGGUGAAAGGUCUGGAGCAAAAGCUGCAGGAGACAAAGCGCUUGGGUGCGCUUUCUUCCCGGAUGAUGGCCGGACGCACACUGCAAAGAUUGCAAGGCUUACAAAACACGAGUUUGCUCAACACUUGUCGCAGCAUUGAGUCCCCCGCGUCAGGGGCCGUGCCCGUUGCAGGACUGACAGCUGAGCUGCAUGGAACUGCUGUGUUGGUUCUACACACGUUUGUGCGCCACGGGAAAGCUCAUGCGCAUGUGGCACCAAUUGUUCCAACAGCCAACAAGAAGCUACCGCAGGGUGUUGACUCGUUCUUGGACAGGCGACGGUCGUCCACUUGUCGAGAGGAGGAGUUAACAAAUUUAGGAGUGGCAUGGCAAGUUGUAGGCUUUGUGCGACACACCGUGUACUUGAAGCGCACGUCCUUCGCUGGAACAGACCUGCCCAUGACAUCGGAUCUACUCUCCCUUUGGGAAGGGCUGCGCAAUGUGGCUGCUGCCCCCGUGGACAUACCAUGUUCAGACGCGGUAACUGAUUGGGCCCCUGCAGGGGCAAAGGCCAACAUUGUCAUCAUCUUUUCUGCAUCCGCGGAGGAGCACCAGCGCAAACACAAGCAUCACAAGCUGGUCCCUGUAGGCCGCGUGAAGGAGCCUGUCUUUCUGUUGGAUCUUCCUUUCCCACGGAUCUUGGAUAUGUCCUUACGGCGAUGUGAAACAUGUCACCAGCAUUUCCAACCACAACCGGAGGAUGUACUCAGGGUCAUGCCAGACGUGGUGCUGCACAGGAAUCCAUCGCACUUCAAGCAGGUGCGCUACAUGACCCAUAGGUAUCUGUUGAACCUGCUGCUUGCAAUCUACGACCUGUUCAACCUCAGAGGAGUGAGGCGGAGGCUCACGUCCAUCAUGUUUGCCAGCGCAACCGUCCAUGUUCUGUCGGGGGUGAAACCUAUGAGCCCACAUAGUCUGGGGGCCAUGGUGCUUGCAGUGCCAACAGCUCAAGAGUUGAAAAUUAUCGCACUGAAGGCUUUCACCAUCUUCGUCCAGAAGCAAGUGGAUCAUAUGGUUGACCAGCAAUGCCUUUACAACUUCUCCGUUCUCCGCGGUGAUGGGCACUACGACGUUGCUGCUAGAGUCUAUGAGUAUGACGCGAAGCAGAAAGCCAGAAAGUAUCCUUUCACCUGCAUCCUGGCCUGGUGCGGCACGGAUGGAAGCUUGCUGAAGCCGUUUGUGGUGGCGCCAGGAGAAGCAUUUCAUGACCAAGUGAAGGACCUGGAGCCAUUCCUGCGCAAGGCCAAGUCUCUCCGGAUGACGCAUGGCUUGUCCAGCACGGAUUCACGGCCAACAGUGCAUGCCACAGAUACAUACAACAAGCACCGUCUCUUGUGGCCGCCCAUCUACGACAAGGUAUGGAUGGAGCAGCAGGUGGACGCUCAGGGCCACACGAAAAAAGGAGAUGUGUGCAAAGUGCAAAGGUCUGGUGUGGGGGAAUCUGAUGCCACAAUGGUUACAGGGGAGCCAAUGCAUGAACUCAUCAACCUCAGGAGAGUGCUGCCCAGCGUGGGACAUGACUUUGCCGACAUCUAUUUUGACCACGCAGAAGCUGGGCUUGGCAUUUUGUUGACUUUUCAGUGUUCCAUAUGUUUCGGUCAUGAGAUUGGAGCUGCAGACGCAGGCAAAAUGUGCUAUGGACUUUCUUUCUGUUAA